AUGGCCAGAUUGUUUUUGGAGAAGUUUUUCCCUUCCUCACGAGCCACUUCAAUCAGAAAGGAGGUAAGUGGCAUAAGACAAGCAAAUGGGGAGAACAUACAUGAGUACUGGGAGCGAUUUAAAAGACUUUGUGCAAGUUGUCCACAUCACCAGAUUCCAGAGCAAUUGCUGAUUGUCUACUUCUACAAAUGCUUGCUGCCUAUGGACAUAAACCUUUUGGAUGCAGCCAGUGGUGGAGUCCUAGUCAAUAAAACACCUGUUGCGGCAAAAGAGUUGAUUGCACAGAUGACAGCCAAUGCUCAGCAAUUUGGCGCUAGAGCGAACAACAGUGCAGUGUUCCAAGUACAAGCAUCUCUUGUCCAGAAUUCAGUAGUAGUAGUAGCAGCAAUGACGUUGAGCACAGAUAAUCAAAGGAAAGAGAAUAAGCUUGACGAGCUGACUUCACUGGUGAUACAGUUGGCAGUAACAAUAAUAGUUCAACCUCCCGCUCCACAAGCAAGCAACCCAUGCGGUAUUUGUUGCACCCCACUGAUGCCUGCCCCAGUCUACAAGAAGAAGGAUCAUCCCAACUUGAAGUGGAACCAAAAUCAAAAUCAAAACCAGUACCAACAGAGACAACAUUUUGUACCUCAGCAACAGAGGCACAAUUUCCAACCUACUGCACCUCCACAGCAGCCACCAGCGCCGCAACAGCCCAGUAGUGGUCUUUCUCUGGAAGAUUUACUUAAACAGCUUGCCACUAGUAAUAUGCAAUUGCAGCAGCGGAUUGAGUCAUCAAUUCAGAACUUACAGACUCAAAUCAGGCAAUUAGCUACUUCUGUGAGUCAGACCCAACCUCAAGGGCCUAGUUCUCUUCCUUCCCAGACAGUCCCAAAUUCGAAAGGGAAUGUCAGUGCUAUAACCCUAAGGUCUGGCAAGCAACUGGAAGAUCCCAAGCUAGCUACAGGUAAGGCUGAAUCAUCAUCAGAUCAAUCUAAGAAUAAGGAGGCCUCGAAACAAGGUGAAGAUGAGUCUGAACCCGCCAUUCCUCUACCUUUCCCUCAGAGAGUCGUUCUGUCCAAAAAGUUGGCAGAAAAAGCACAAGAGAAGGAGAUUCUCGAUACAUUCAGAAAAGUUGAAUUGAACAUUCCACUCUUGGAUGCAAUCUAG